AUGGAUACCACGGCUACCUUUAUCCAUGCACCACAGAGGAGGAGCAAUCUACCUUCUAUAAAAGAUCUAUUCCCUACGCUUGGAAACGCUCCAACUAGUGCGGUGAACUCCGCAUUUCCUUCCGUGAAGAAUUCAGCUUCAUCAAAUAUGGCACUUUCCCCUGGCUCUACCCCAUCGGAUACAUACAAUAAUACAGGAGCUGUCUCUCCAUUUGGCGGGAGAACUUUUGAGUCCGACAACUACACAUUAGCCUCUGAUAACACUAGUGCAACCUACAGUGUGCCCCUCUCAGGCCAAGCACCACAAAUACAAUUACGGCAGCAACGACAGAAAAUACAACAACAACAACAGUCAAUACCUUUGGCACCAGUCUCAAGCAUGAAUUCAGAAUUUCAGCUACAGGAGCUUGCGAGCCUUACCAGUCAGAUAAACUCGAAGAUUGCAGAAUCUCAGGAUAUGAGUCUGGUUUCACGACAGCUACUCAUCGAUGGCUAUGCGAGACUUCAGCAGCUGGGAUACAUAUAUCAGGAGUGGUCUAAGAUGAAGGAGAUGGAGGAUGCCAAAAUGGCGAACAGGGCACAUACAAAGACAUUCCAAUCCAUGGAAGAGCAGGCAGUGAGGGCAUUGACAUCUAUGAAUGAAACACAUAACAGUGCAAGCUCAUCUGUGUCUUCACCUUCGUCAAUUCUCUCGUCUCCGACCAAGGUGCCUUCCCCAAGCAUUCUUUCACCGGUUUCAAACGUUGCUUCAUUAUCAUCUACUUUCAAGAGACGCAAGUCUGUCCCUUCUACCACAUUCCGGAACAGGUCUAAUUAUGGACGAACAAUGCGUUCCAAUUCCUUAUAUUCAGAUGGAAAGAUAAAGAUCUCAUGCAAGAGUCCUCGUUCACCAACAUUCUCACAGCUAUCAUCACCAUAUUCCACAUCAGCCGCAUCGUCACCGGGGUCUCCUAGCAGUGCACCAUUUGUUCCAAGUGAGUGCAUGCACUGCCGAUCCAGAGAUACACCCGAGUGGAGAAGGGGACCAACUGGGGAGCGGACAUUGUGUAAUGCCUGUGGUCUUUUCUACGCCAAACUUUGCCGUAAAUAUGGGGAAAAGAAGGCCAAGGAUGUGAUGGAGGAUCGAAAAACGAGAGGGAUGGAGAUGGAUCGCAGGGUGUCAAUAACAUCUGCUCCGACCAUAAUACCAUAA